UGAUGGUAUUUGGCGUGAGGGCUAGCCUCGUUUUACUGUCUAUGCUAGCCGGUGUGUGCAAUACAUGAACAGGGAACAUCGUGUGGUGGGUUUGGAUUAUGAGUAGAAGGCGAUAUAUAUUGGCGGAUAUUUUGGACGUUAUUAUUUGAGGUUUAGUUCCAUUUUUGUUUUCUGUCUACGUACUACAGGUCGGCAUUGUGAAUAGAAGUGUCACAACUUGGUUAACAAAAUACCUUAACUAAACAUGUCAGUGGUGGGAUUUGAUGUUGGCUUUCAAAGCUGUUAUGUUGCUGUUGCUCGAUCCGGGGGAAUCGAGACCGUUGCGAAUGAAUACAGUGACCGAUGUACACCCUCGUUCGUUUCGUUUGGACCACAUAAUCGCUCAAUAGGCACUGCAGCCAAAAAUCAGGUCGUCACAAACUGCAAAAACACUGUCCAGGCAUUCAAGAGAUUCCAUGGCCGAGCCUUCACUGACGCGUACAUCCAGGCAGCGAAGCCCAACACGGCCUACGAACUGGCUCAGAUGCCCCAUGGCACAACUGGUGUUAAGGUGAUGUAUAUGGAGGAGGAGAGGAUCUUCAGCAUUGAGCAAGUCACCGGCAUGCUUCUGACCAAACUGAAGGAAACUGCUGAGGCUGCGAUGAAAAAGCCGGUGGUGGACUGCGUCAUCUCUGUUCCCAGCUAUUUCACGGACGCUGAGAGGAGAUCACUUUUGGAUGCAGCACAGAUCGCUGGAUUGAACUGCCUAAGGCUAAUUAAUGACACCACAGCAGUGGCACUUGCCUAUGGGAUCUACAAGCAAGAUCUUCCCAACCCGGAGGAGAAGCCUAGAACAGUGGUGUUUGUGGAUAUGGGACACUGUGGGUUCCAGGUCUCUGUGUGUGCCUUCAACAAAGGAAAGGUCAAGGUUCUGGCCUCUGCAUUUGACCCUGAACUUGGAGGGAAAGACUUUGAUAAUGUACUGGUUAAGAACUUCAGCGAGGAGUUUGUGAAGAAGUACAAAUUAGACGUGCAGUCGAACCCCCGUGCAAAGGUACGCCUCGCCCAGGAGAGCGAGAAGCUGAAGAAGCUGAUGAGUGCCAACUGCUCUGACCUGCCCCUCAACAUCGAGUGCUUCAUGAAUGGCGUCGACGUCACCUCCAAACUUAACAGGGGCCGGUUUGAAGAGCUCAGUGCCGGGCUGCUGGCCAAGGUGGAGGGUCCCCUGCGCAGCGUCAUGGAGCAGGCCAAGCUGAAGAAGGAGGACAUCUACGCAGUGGAACUCGUGGGUGCUGCCACCAGGAUGCCUGCAGUCAAGGAGCGAAUCAGCAAAUUCUUCGGCAAGGAGCUGAACACUACGCUCAAUGCUGACGAAGCUGUGGCCAGAGGCUGUGCACUGCAGUGUGCAAUCCUUUCCCCGGCCUUUAAAGUACGGGAGUUCUCCAUCACUGAUGUGGUCCCUUACCCCAUCUCUCUUAAAUGGAGCUCAAAUGGAGCUGAAGAAGGACUUGGCUGCAGCGACUGUGAAGUGUUUCCCAAGAACCAUGCGGCGCCCUUCUCCAAAGUGCUAACAUUUUACCGCAAAGAGCCCUUCUCCCUGGAGGCGUACUACAGUAACCCCAAAGAGCUGCCCUACACAGACCCAACAAUAGGCCAGUUCCAGGUCCAGAAGGUGGUCCCACAAGCGUCUGGUGAGAGCUCCAAGGUGAAAGUGAAGGUACGGGUGAACGUGCACGGUGCGUUCAGCGUCUCCAGUGCCUCGCUCGUGGAGGUGGUUAAGUCCACCGACGUAGAGGAGCAAAUGGAGACAGAGGGCACCUCAAAGGAAGAUGAUGCGAAGAUGCAGGUAGACCAGGGAGAGCAGAAGCCCCAGGGAGACGGCCAGAAAGAGAGCGCUGAUAAGAAAUCAGACUCUGAAGACAUGGAGACGUCCGAGGACGGGAAACAGGAGAAGAAGACUGACCAGCCUCCUUCGAGUAAGAAGGCCAAAGUGAAGACGAAGACUGUGGACCUGCCCGUACAGAACAGCCUGCAUUGGCAACUGUCAAAUGACGUGCUGAAUACAUUUGUAGAGAAUGAGGGCAAGAUGAUCAUGCAGGACAAACUGGAGAAGGAGCGAAAUGACGCCAAGAACUUUGUGGAGGAGUAUGUAUACGAAAUGAGGGACAAACUGCACGGAUUACUGGAGAAAUUUGUCACUGAGGAGGAACGAGACUCCUUUUCCAUAAAACUUGAAGAUACAGAAAACUGGCUGUAUGAAGAUGGGGAGGACCAACAGAAACAAGUGUAUAUUGACAAACUGGCUGAAUUAAAGAAAUUUGGACAACCCAUCAUGGAGCGAUACCAAGAGGCUGAAGAGAGACCAAAAGCAUUCGACAAACUGGGAAAACUAAUUCAGCAAUAUAUGAAAAUCGUAGAAGCAUACAAAACUAAGGAUGAGAAGUAUGACCACUUGGAAGAAGCAGACAUCACAAAGGUGGACAAGAUGGUGAAUGAUACCAUGAUCUGGAUGAACAGCAAGAUGAACCAGCAGAGCAAACAGAGUUUUACCCAGAAGCCUGUUGUCACCAUAAAAGAGAUCCAGGCCAAGACAAAGGAGCUGUUGGACGUUUGCUCUCCCAUCGUCACGAAGCCCAAGCCCAAAGUGGAGCUUCCCAAAGAGGAGAAGGAGGAGCAGAACGGCCCGGUGAACGGACAGCAGCCCGGUGAGGCCCAGACAGGAAGCCCACAGAAAGGCAGCGGCGCACAACCAGGGUCUGAGCCCACAGAGAAAAAGGCUGAAAUGGAUCUAGACUAAACCUCAUGUGCUGUGUGAGCACCGAUUCGCCAAGGUCUCUGUUUGUGCUUCAACACUCGAUGGACUCUUCAGUUCUUCCUGUGCUCCAUGUUCAUUAGGACACUUCUGGGCUCAUUCGGUGUAUACGCCUCUGUCUACUCUACUGUACUGUUUUUCUUUCCCCCCCCCCCCUCUUUUUUUUGUUGCUUAAUCAAAUUAUUUAACAUAUAUUUUCUGUCAAAGUUUAAAACCAAACAGCAAAAAAAAAAAAAAAUUAUUUCCUGGAAAGUUAGUGGAUGUGUGUACAUUGUUGUUUUUGGCAAAGUGGGUAUGUGGCCUAGUGGGUUGUAGAAUGUAGAUACAUAUUCAUGUCAGUUGAAGUUAUUUUGAUUCCCUCACAAAAAUGUCAAGGUGAUAUGUUAGACAUUUCUGAGAACUUGAAGCCUUCUGUUUACUUCACCAGAUAGGAAAAUAGUGAUGAUUUCAGCUGUUUGGUUUUGACAUUUCCCUGUAGAAUAUAUUCCUGCAUCCCUGCAUUAAUUCUCAUCUUAGUAAAAUAUGAAUGGGCUGAAUGAAGCUGUGGUUUCUAACAUUAACAGACACAUAUUCCUAAAUAAUCAUGGAAAUAUUUCUCGCUUGGCACAGAAGCAGGCAGAGUUUUGGCUCAGCGUAGCUCUAGAGUACAUGCCAACCCAUGUUCCAACAUUGUCAUAAGCCCACUAGAUAAUCAUGACUAUAUUGGCCCAUGUAUCUAUCUAUUAUAGUAUACCUGUGGAGACUUAUGUUUUCUGAACUUAAAGCUGUCUCCAUACACUAUAUAUGUAAAUAUGGGAUGCUAGGUGAAGUUUUAAAUGAUAGAUCCUCUAUAGGAUUAUAAUGACAUGAGAUGGUGAGGUAUGUUCAAGCCAGGCUUGUUGUUUGACUUAAUUAUAGUGUUGUAAGAUAUUCAUUUUAGAGGCACAAUUAUAAACCAAGCAUUCUAUGUUGAAGCUGACCUUGGUCACUGUUAUGCAGUAUUUCAAUGUUAAGUAAAGGAAAACAACCUCCUGGGCUGGAGUUGACAUUUUUUCUACUCUGCAUCACUGCUCAAUAAAUAAAUAACACCUUGUUGGUGUACAAUCACAUA